CACCGAUCCCUGAGCCUUCCCUGUUUUUCCUGCAGGGGCCAGUUGUGGCAGAGGUUGCAGACACAGAGGGGACAGGAUGUGCUGCCUGCUGCUCACAGGAGGGCAGGGAGCUACAAACACUGCCACCUUCAGAGCAGGACUCCUGGACAAGCUGCCACAUGUCCCACACAGCCCCAGGGCCAGAAUUCAUCUGUUCCCUUCUCCCAUAUCCAGAGUUGCAAGCGACUUUCCCUGAUUCAUUAGCCCUUCAUUAUUGUCAAAGGGAGCUCUGUCUACAUCACUGGCCAACCCAGAGAAGAUGCAGCUGAGGUGCACCUGGCUCCAGGUGUGGGUGGAAGGGAGCAGCUGUCUGGAGUAAGGACUCCAGUGUGCUUGCUCCAGUGUGAGACGGAGGGGGUUUGGAUGGAUGAGGAGUGGGACCAACGCUGUGGGGUGCACCCAGACCUACAGGUAGGAGGUGUUGCUGUCCCUCCUGCAAAGACAGACCCUGUAGCCCAGGAAAAGGCCAAAAAGGAAGUCAAGUUCCUUCCCUCCUAUUUCAUUCUGCUGAGUCACCAAACUUGUGGGUUUGUGGUUGCAAAACAACCCCCUAUUUCAUAAGGCAGAGAAGAAGCCAUUUCACCAUCAAGUGACCGGAUCUAAGAAAGAGAAACAAAAAGUCCUGAUAGCCUUUCCUCCAAGGUCUGCCGGAUCCUAAGACCUAAGUUGUCACAGGGGCCCAGCCCUGGGCAUGUGACUGGACAUUGUGGUUCCAGUUCAACCAUCAGCCCAGUUCCAGUUCACCAGCCCUGCAGUCGCGCGCAGAAACCCAAGCCGUGGGACAGAAGGCAGCUUGUGACAACGAGCUUGUAUCAGGAGCCACAAGAAGCCGCGCAGCUGCUUGGUGCCUCUGGCCUACGCUUUCCUCUGAAGCCCUGCUUGAGCCGAAUACAGAGGGAGCCAAGAGGGACGUGAUGCUGCCUGUGACCCAUGUGCUGGCCUUGGGCACUUGGCUGGUGUCACAGAGCGAGGCUACACCGAGUGAGUAUCUUGAGGAGGUAGCUGGGGAGUUUGGACACCCAGACUGGUUUUCUGGGCCUACCCAUCUCCCAGGGCUCUUCCACAGCCCCCUGGAACAAAACUCACUCUUGUGUGGAGACAGGGCCUGGUGGCAGCCCCAGGCUCAUGGCAGGGCAGCUGCUUGGGGCUCCCUGUCUGGCUGGCAGCAUCUCUCUCCCUGUGCAGGUGCCCCCACAAUCUCCAUCUUCCUGAAGCCACCAGGGGUGAUCCCACCCGGAGGCUCCACCACCAUCUGCUGCAUUUGCCAGCGCAGCUAUGGGAGCUUUGUGCUGUACAAGGGCAGCCGCCGGCUCCACACCAUGGAGCAGAGUGGCAGCAGGGCCGAGUUCUCCAUCUCUAAUGCCACCUACGAGGACAGAGGUGGCUACAACUGCCAUUACCUGGAGGGAGGCACUGUGCUGGCUCGAAGCACUGAACUGGAAGUCCUUGUGGAAGAGCUCCGUCUGCCCAGACCCGACCUCUCUGUCCUGCCUGGGCAUGAGCUGACUGCAGGAGCUGACGUGAUGUUCCACUGCACCACCACACACCCCAGCACCGGCUGUUUCCUGUACCUGGAGGGCCAGAUCCGAGCCCAGCUGUUCCCCAGGGAACGAGGGGACUACAACUUCUCCCUCGUGCAGAAAGGUGACAGCGGCCGCUACAGCUGCCAGUGCUACACCUUCAAUGCUUCGAGAGAAUGGUCUGCUGUCAGCAACACCCUGGACUUGGUGGUGAGAGAUUACACGCUGUGCAACACCGUGCGCCUGGCGCUGGCGGCCGGGCUGCUGCUCCUGCUGGGGCUCAUCGCGGCUGAGGCGGCGCGGAGCCGCUGCUGCCGGGGCUGGGGCAGCGCUGCCCCGCCGGGCACCGCCGCGCUCACUGCCCUGCAGCAAGCCGCGCUGGGAUGAAUAAACCGUCCCUGUCGCCA